CUGGUGGGGGCUCGUGUGAGGGGGCUCGAGCCGAGCGGUUGGUUGGUUGAUGGGGGAAACAACAACAAGCUAGGCAUCAUGAGGGUCCCUGAAACACUGAUUUGGGCCGCUUUUCUCGUCCAGAAGGUGGUGGGAGAGUACGGCAUGGCCCAUUUCAGUGACAAGGGCAAGAGCAAAGGAAAGGAUUACUGCAUAUUCUUCAACUCACAGUGGGCACGACUACCUCAGGACCUCAAUAAGGCAUCACGUCUUCAGAUCUAUGACCUGACAACAUCGGUCUUGUGCUCACCCUCCGACGUCCCAGAGGGAGGCUUCCCGAAUCGCAUCCCCAUGGUGAUGAGAGGCAACUGCACUUUCUAUGAGAAGGUCCGGCUGGCCCAGAUUAACGGCGCCAAGGGCCUGCUCAUAGUCAGCAAGGACAGACUGACGCCACCAGCAGGAAACAAGACUCAGUAUGAGGAGAUUGGCAUUCCUGUUGCACUGCUCAGCUACUCUGAUAUGCUGGACAUAAGCAAGAACUUUGGUAAAGGAAGACAGGUCGCCAUGUACGCACCCAACGAGCCAGCGUUGGACUACAACAUGGUGAUCAUCUUUCUGAUGGCAGUAGGAACGGUUGCCAUCGGAGGUUACUGGGCCGGCAGCAGAGACAGCAAGAAACGCUACAUGAAGCACAAGCGGGACGACGGUGCGGAGAAGCAGGACGAGGAGACCGUAGAUGUCACACCCAUCAUGAUCUGUGUGUUCGUGGUCAUGUGCUGCAGCAUGCUGGUGCUACUCUACUUUUUCUACGAUCGCCUGGCCAUUUGGGUCAUUGCCAUCUUCUGUGUGGCGUCUUCAGUCGGCCUCCACAGCUGCCUAUGGCCGUUUGUCAGGAGACUCCCUUUCUGCAAGUGCAGGGUUCCAGAGAACAACUUGCCGUACUUGCACAAACGGCCGCAGAUUCGCAUGUUGCUGCUGUCAGCACUCUGCAUCAGCGUCAGCGUCACCUGGAUGGUGUUUCGCAAUGAAGACCAGUGGGCGUGGGUGUUACAGGACGCCCUGGGGAUCGCCUUCUGUCUCUACAUGCUUAAAACAGUCAGACUCCCCACAUUCAAGGCUUGCACCUUAUUACUGUCGGUCCUUUUUGUCUACGAUGUUUUCUUUGUAUUUAUUACACCCUUCUUUACCAAGAGUGGGGAAAGUAUAAUGGUGGAGGUAGCGGCUGGUCCCUCUGAUUCCUCCACGCAUGAAAAGCUCCCCAUGGUGCUGAAAGUACCCAGGUUAAACUCCUCUCCCCUGGCUCUCUGUGACCGGCCUUUCUCUCUCCUGGGCUUUGGUGAUAUCUUAGUACCAGGUCUGCUGGUGGCAUACUGUCACAGGUUUGACAUUUUAACACAGUCCUCCAGGAUCUACUUUAUGGCCUGUACGAUUGCUUACGGUAUCGGCCUGCUGAUCACCUUCGUGGCCCUGGCCUUGAUGCAGAUGGGUCAGCCGGCCUUGCUCUACCUGGUGCCUUGCACUCUGCUCACCAGCCUCACUGUAGCGCUGUGGCGCAGGGAGUUGCCCCAGUUCUGGACUGGAAGUGGAUUUGUGCCUCCCAUAGUGCUCGCGCCGAUCAACUGUACACAAACUGCAGCGCCGCAGACAGAGGAAAACUUGACUAAACCGGAGCCACAAACCACAGAAGAAGACUCACCCCAUCACCCGCCUCAAGAAACGCCCCCACCCGAGAAAGACGAAGAGGAAAAUAAAUCUAACUGAAAGGACGUCUAGGACGGCAUUUUACAUUUCACUUCAUGUUUUAUUUGUUGUUGAGUUUUUUUUUUCUCUACAUUGUGACUCAGUCAAUGGACAUCUGAAGUACGGACUUUAAUUUGCACUUGGUGUGAAGGGAAGAUUUAAGGAGCUCAGUGCUUUCUGAACGGCUGGCUCAGCGGGGCGCCGGGAUUGGACCACACGAGGUUGAGGCAUUGAAACUGACAAACACACCAAGUAUAAAACCUGCACAACAGCCCCGACACCUUCUUCUAUCAACAGUCUGUGCCACCUAAAGGGAACGAAAAGCCAAAUGUGGAAGCUGCACAAGCUGGUAAACACGAAAUACUCCUGUGACACUGUGGUGAGGCUCUUAUCAGCUGUAAAGGCCCAGUCACACCAACGUUCAAAACAACAACUUUACGGCAAAAAUCACCUUUCAGUGGAAUCACUGCUAUUAGAAGAUUUACUCACACAUGCGAGGUAAACCUAAAGAAUUUUUUCAACUUUGGUAAACCAUCAUUUCUUAUUAGCGGUGUUGUUCCAUCCACUUUUAUUCAACCUGCUCUGAUGGAGUAUUAAAUGCUCCACAAAGGAGGAAUGGUUUACAGACCUUUUAUGUAGAGCUGCAGCUGCUUGACAAUUGAAAGAAAUUAACCAGCAUCUAUUGUGAUAAUCUAAUAAUUGUCAUUUUUAAGCCAAAGAUUUGCAGGUUCCAGCUUCUCAGUUGUCUCGUACAUGAAAAUAAACUAAAUUUAUUUUGGUUUUAAAUUGGUAAUUGGUAAUUAGCUUGGGCUCUAAGAAAUUAUAAAAAGGCAUUUUAUAUUUUCUGACAUUUCAUAGAGAAAAUUAUUAAUUGAGAAUUGGAUAAUUGUCAUAUUAAACAGUAAAUAAUCAUUAGCUGAACACAGUCUUGGAAGUGUGUGGCCGAAGUGCAGUUUUGGAACCCAACAGCUAUCGUCUGACAACGAUAAAGCCUCUGGGGGCAAGGGCCAAUAUUUCAGGCUGUUUCGUUGUAGCCAGUGGACUUCCUUUUCUCUGCACUAGUCAUUUUAGCGAGUCUAUAUAAACCGAUAUCUGCAUGUGGAUGCAUAUUAAUUUGAAAAAGUAAAGCAAAAUCAUUGUCGGACGAUAGCCGAUGGGUUCUAAGAUUGCGCUGCACAGAUUAUUUAUCUGCCCUUCAAACAAAAUUGUUCAAUACUACUUGGACGACAAGAUGAAAUCAGGACACCUCCGAUACCUAACAAAUUGUCCUGUUCAGUCCUUUAUAGAGAUUAGUUGCAAUGCUACAGUGUUGGGACAGGAGGCAGUGGUACAAAUAUGAACUAAGGCUUAUUUCUCUUUUCAGUAACUGUUGUACAAUCCUGAGAACAAACUGCUGGGGGAGUUAACGGCCCAAUACAGACAAAUAGAAAGACAAAACAGCUCUAGCAUGUUUCAGGCUGGCCAGUGUUUUGAGGUUAGCUCACCCGAUACAGUAGUUUACCAACCAGCCCUGCAAGCUUCACCAAGCUCCUAUGACCAAAUAUUUCACUUUGUCACUUUCUGGUGUGACAGGGCCUUAAAAAGGUCUCAGGAGGCUUGAAAAACAUUUUUCAAAAACACACACAUACACACACUACAUAACAAGCCAUUCUAGCUGUCUUUAACCCCUCGUUACAUUAUAAACUGCACCGGUGUCACAGUAUAAAGUAUAGCAGUGAUGCCAGCAGAGUUUCACACCCUUAAAAAUGUGUUACGAUUGUUGACUGAGCCAAAGCUAUUAGGUAUUUGUUUUUUUUAACUGAAGCAUUUGUUGUUUACUCAUCUUACUUUUGGUAUAUAUAGUUUUGCAUGCUAUAAUUCCGGUUUUACCCUUAAUAUGAAACCAGUGUAUAAUCUAUAGUGCAGACUCUGUAUACAUCAUCGGUGGUGCAACAGUGAAACGUUGGCUGCCACAGUUUUGCUGCCCCUCAGUAGUUAUUCAUGUUGUCUUAAGAGUUGGUUUUGGCCUUAUUGUGUCCAUGUCGGGAGGUAAAGUAGAAUGUGUCAAGUGUAAAAGUCGCUUUAUGAAAAACACAAGAACUCUAAAUGAUGGUGUGCUGCAGUCAAAUGUCAGGCUGAGGAGCGAGCGAUGGGUCAUGUACCAAUAUUCCUAGGUUAGUUUCUUCGAAGCAUUUGCACAAUAUUUUUUUUAAUUCAUGGGCUGACAGAAGCUGUUGUUGGCUGAUGUCUGUAUAUGUUUAUGUAUAAUCAUAAAGGGUUUAAAGAAACUGAAAGCAAGGUAUCAAUAUAUACAAGAUUCCUCAUGCUUUUAUUUUGAAAGUCCAUUUCUGACCUGAGGGUUUCAUCAUAAACACCAGAGGCCGGCAGUCACUCCACUCUGUACACCAGAAGUACAUCCACAGAGUGGAUGUACUUCUGAUCCUCAUUCAUUUAUGAUGCCUGUUAACCAACAUUCCUGUUCAAAAGUUGAGAAGAUCAAAAUAAUUUGGUCAGAGGUGAAAUGAGAGCAGCGUAGUUGUCUGGAUGUGUGCCCUCGCUGAUUCAACAGCAGUGUUUUCCAGGACAUGAGAUUAUUCAUUCACCAGUAUAGUUUGUUGUCACCAAGUGGUUUUUAAAGCCUCUGUUGAGGAAUACAUAUAAUAAAGAAACAUUGUAUUUGA